AUGACUCAGUGGGAGGUGGUCGUGGGUUUGAUCGUGCUCUUGUUCCUCCAGGUGUUGGCUCAGUUCAGGAGUCACGGACGGACGCAGUGGCCGGUUCCCUACAGGUACGAAGAAGAGGACACCUAAGUUUUCUGUCUUCAGUUUAAAGUGGAGUCAUGUGACGGAUAGAAAAUAAACUUUUAGAGGUUUUCUUAAAUGUGGGCCAGUUAGUCUAAAUAUGCAUGUUAAACCUUAGCUGAUUUUUAUGUAUAAUGUUGAUUUUAAGGAAGAAAAAAGAAAACACUGAGCUACUUUUUAUAGUAGUGGACUUUUUGACUGACCUGUACCCUGUAAACCAAGUUACUGCGGGUACAUUCACAUGACUUUGUACACUUUGGACUACACUGUAACUCUCCUUGUAAAAUCAUUAAGUUUAAUUUCGACUGAAUUAGAUUUUUUUUUAAAGUUUGAAAUGGGAUUAUUUUUGAAAAGUACAAUGAUUUAAUGUUGCUCAUUCAACUAGACACUACUUGUACUUGGAGAUUUCAAAUUUACUGCAUUUUAUGCUCCUGGGCAAAUAUUUGUACUUAAAUACAUCUACUGCAUUUACUUUGUGACUUUCUUAAAAGCAGGAAACAUAAUAAAGUCAAAUCAAGACAAAGGAAUUCAGAUACCUGAAUUGGUGCAUAAAAAUCUCAGAGAUUUCCAUCUCAUCUCAAAUCAAUGUCAAUAAAAAUAUUUAAUUAGUACUUACAGUAGAGAUGCAAACUUACUAAUUGCCAAAGUUGAGGUUCAAAACUAAAGGUGAUAGAUCUUUCUCCAUCAGAGCUCCUCGACUUUGGAGCGACCUGCCAGAGGACAUAAGGCGUGCAGAAAAAGAGACAGUCACUUUUUUUAAGUCAUAUUUAAAAACUCACUUUUACAGGCUUGCUUUUAUGUGAUGCCAUCUUUUAUCUUGUAUCUUGUAUCUUUUAUUUGUCAUCUCUCAUCUCUUUUACCUCUAUCUCAUUUCAGCCUCACUUUAACUGUCUACUUUCACACUUGUAUGUUGUUUUUAUUUAUUUUAAAAGACUCUAAGGUCUGAGAGGCUCUAAUAUGGCCAGAUAAACUGUUGCACAGUCUAGGGGCAACCGCUGAAAAAGCCCCAUCACCUCUAAAAUUGAGUCUGGUUUUGGGGACGCUCAACGGUAACUGGUCAGAGGACCUUAAGGCUCUGGCUGGGGAGUGGUGAUGCAGGAGCUCUGACAGGUAAAGAGAGGCAACACCAUUGAAGGCUUUAAAAACCAUUAAAAGAAUUUUAAAAUCAAUACGAAAGUAGACUGGAAGCCUGUGAAGGGUCACUAAAAUUGGAGUUAUGUGGUCGCUAAUGAACUCAUGAAAUAACUCAGCCAAGAAUUGAUCAAAUGGUCUGCAGGGACUCAUUAUUGCCUUUUUCAGCAUAUGUUCUGACCAUGUAUUCUGUGCACCUCUGAUGUCAUAUUUUAUGUUGCAGGUUUCUUGUCUGGAUUCCUUAUAACAUGAAAAUGGCCUUCAAUUCUGUUUUUACUGAGCUUUUUGUUUUUAUCUGUCUUUUUCCAUGUGCCCUAUGACUACAUGUCAAAGCACUUUGUAAACUUCUGGUUUUUAAAAGUGCUAUACAAAUGAAGUUAUUAUUAUUAUUAGUACUAAUUAACUUGUAUAUGAACCUUUGGAGUUUUUGUUUGUGCUGUAAAAAAGGAAAAAUAAUAAUACUUUAAUGUAAAAGUUAAGUCAAAGUUUAUUUAUGAAGCACCUUAGGAUAAGAUACUGUUUUCUUGUUACUUAGGUGAUAAAACUGGUUAUAUCUGACAAAAAGGUGACUAAAUAAAGCAGAUCUGUGAAAACAGAAGCGUAACUUUCUAGACAGUAAAGGAAUAAAAGCUACAGUGCCUAUGAUUUGUGUGUGCUCAUUUAUUAAAUGUAAGGGAGAAAAGGUGGGUCUUUUAGGAUGAUUUAAAAGACUCUAAGGUCUGAGAGGCUCUAAUAUGGCCAGAUAAACUGUUCCAGCUGGGGAACUGCACUUUCCCUCACAUCAGACCUGAGGUUUACGCUCCGUUCUGGUGCAACCAAGGGGCCGCCUGCUUCUUUGACGGUAUCGAUGACCUACACUGGUCACAGAAUGGAACACCAUUGAAGGCUUUAAAAACCAUUAAAAGAAUUUUAAAAUCAAUAAGAAAUUAGACUGGAAGCCUGUGAAGGGUCACUAAAAUUGGAGUUAUGUGGUCACUAAUGAACUCAUGAAACAACUCAGCCAAGAAUUGAUCAAAUGGUCUGCAGGGACUCAUUAUUGCCUUUUUCAGCAUAUGUUUUGACCUUGUAUUCUGUGCACCUCUGAUGUCAUCUCUAGGCGGUUCGAUCAUCGGCCUGAUGUGGACUCUUACUGUGAAGCUCUCUAUCCUUUUUGUCCCACUGGAGACAGAGACGGACGGAUUACAUGCAGCCAGAUGUACUCUCACUGAAAAAGGCUGAAAGCAUAGGCUGAGAAAUAAACUCAAACUUGCUGAAAAUUGCUGUUUUGUUUUGUUCUUUUACAUAAUUUUGUUUCACCUUGAGUAGCAACAGUCAGGUUUUAGAGAUUCUAUUUUUUGCACAAAACUUAGGAUAAGAUACUGUUUUCUUGUUACUUAGGUGAUAAAACUGGUUAUAUCUGACAAAGGACAAUGAAACAGGGAUCUAUUAUGAGACAUGGUCCGUUCAUUCAGACCCCGGCCUGAACGCCACGGUGUGGUUUGAGUCGUACGACUGCUCACAGUUUGUCCACCGCACAUACAAAAAACUGACUGAGUUGGGAGCAAAGCUGUCCAGCAGGUCGCAGACUAACUACACAAAGAUCUAACUGUUCCAGCUGGGGAACUGCACUUUCCCUCACAUCAGACCUGAGGUUUACGCUCCGUUCUGGUGCAACCAAGGGGCCGCCUGCUUCUUUGACGGUAUCGACGACCUCCACUGGUCACAGAAUGGCACCUUGGAGAAGAUAGGAGAAAUCACAGGUGAGAUUUCAAAUGUGAGAUGUUAUUUUUUUGUGGAAAAAAAUAUAAAUUCAGUGUGAGUAUUUUUACUCCAUCUUCCUUCUAGAAAAGUGAUUUAAAGCCAGAUCCAAAAGCUUUGACUUACCGUGACGUGCAUGACUUAGAGCCUUUUCAGACCUCAUAAAUACGGCAGAUGAAAAUCAGCAUUUUUAUUUCUGUAGAUAAGCUCAAUGCAACAUUCAAGACCAAUUUCAUCUCAUUUUCCUCAAAGUUUAGACUUUUGAGUCAGACACCAAUACUUGGACUUGAGCUGAUAUCGGUGUUUAACUAAUAAGCUAAAUUCUGCCUGAAAAUUGCUGUUUUGUUUUGUUCUUUUACAUAAUUUUGUUUCACCUUGAGUAGCAACAGUCAGGUUUGAAGGAGAUUUUUAAUAUUAGGUUAAAAAAAAAAGUAUUAGUAUUCUCUCUCUCUCUCUCUCUUUAGGGGACCAGUUUAAUGACCUGGCCCAGUGGAUCCAGAAGGACAAUGAAACAGGGAUCUAUUAUGAGACAUGGUCCGUUCAUUCAGACCCCGGCCUGAACGCCACGGUGUGGUUUGAGUCGUACGACUGCUCACAGUUUGUCCACCGCACAUACAAAAAACUGACUGAGUUGGGAGCAAAGCUGUCCAGCAGGUCCCAGACUAACUACACAAAGAUCUACCUGUACAGCGGAGAGCCCACCUACCUGGGCAACGACAGCGCCAUAUUCGGCCAGCCUGCCCUGAAGAAUCUGGCCGAGGACAUUCGCGGUUUUUACCACACAUUCAGACCACACCAGUCGUUUACAGACUUUGCUAUCAGCUUGUUGGAGGCGUAUAAGAAGACUGAACGAAAGAGCAUGUGCCUGUUUAAAGAAACUCAUUUAGAUUAA